AUGCCUAAUAGUGUUCGCCGGUGGAACGUGGCGACUGCUACUCUUGGCAUGGCUUCUGCGGUCGCCGUGGUGACAGUCGGCACUUCUUACGCGAUUCAUAAGUGGACAGAAGCUUGGCGAAAGAAGCCCUCCUCCUGCCUUCCUCCAGCCCUCCUCCUGCCCUCCGCCAGCAUCUCGCCCUCACACUCCGCUAUAUCCGCCACACAGCAGAUCCAACACGUCCCCCGCCGCCCCCUCUGCUCCUCCCCCUGCCCUCCUCCUGCCCUCCUCCUGCCCUCCUCCUGCCCUCCCCCUGCCCUCCCCCUGCCCUCCCCUGUGCUCUCCUCCCUGCUGCUCUGCUAG